AUGUUAACUUCAUUAUCACUCAUAGUCCUUGCAUUAACAAUAAUAUUUAAUACAACUCAUCCGUUAUCAGCUUCUGCAGGGUUCGCUAUUUUAGGUGGCGCCAUAACCUGGGAACUUGUAUCUGCUUUUAAAGAAUGCUUCGUCAAAGCAAAUUUGACUGGGCGGGACUUGGCUAAAGUCGAUAAACCAAAAAUACCCGAAAGUAUGGGAGUUAUAUGUGCAACAGUUUAUCUUAUAUGUCUAUUCUUAUUUAUACCGUUUCCGUUCAUGGAAUGGUUUACGGGUAAAGGUAUAAUUUCUCGAAGUGAAGAAUUUCACGUGCCAACUUUCCCGCAUCAUAAAUUGGGCAAAUUUUUGUCGGCAAUGUUGUCUCUUCAAUCAAUGACUUUUCUUGGAUUUGCCGAUGAUGUUUUUGAUAUAAGAUGGAGGUAUAAACUGUUGUUGCCAGCUAUCGCUUCUAUACCCAUAUUGAUGGUGUAUUACGUGAAUUUUGGUGUUACUCACAUAGUGGUACCGAUACCUCUACGCUUCGUUUUUGGAAAAAUUAUGGAUUUAGGAUUUUUGUAUUAUAUAUACAUGGGUAUGAUUGCAAUAUUUUGUACAAAUUCUAUUAAUAUUCUUGCUGGAAUAAAUGGAGUGGAAAUAGGUCAAUCCUUGAUAAUUGCGUGUUCUAUAGCCAUCAACGAUCUUCUCUUCUUGAAUGAUGCCGAUCCGGCUGUGGAAGCACAUUUGUUUUCUUUGUAUUUUAUAUUGCCGUUUAUUGGUGUUUCGUUUGGACUUCUGUUUCAUAAUUGGUACCCAUCACGCGUUUUUGUUGGUGACACGUACUGUUAUUUCGCUGGAAUGACUUUUGCUGUGGUAUUCAAUUUCAUAUAUUCUUGUCCACAACUAUUUAGAUUAAUAGAUUGUCCGCGCCAUCGGUUACCUAGGUUUAAUCCAUCAACACUAAAAUUAGAAUAUAGUAGAGUCAAAAUACAAAAACCCUUAAAGCCAUUAACGCUUCUUGUGCUCAAAAUAUUUAUGUUAUUUGGUCUUGCUGAAAUAAAUGAAGUUGGAGAGAAUAACCUUGAAAUUAAUAAUUUUACAUUAUUGAACUUAUUGUUACUAAGAUUUGGUCCUUUACGUGAACAAACAUUAGCUAUCUUUGUCAUGAUUGUACAAAUUCUAGCAAGCUGUAUAGCAUUUACAAUAAGAUACCGUUUGACUAUUAAAACUGUCUUAUUAUGA